AUGGAGGCAGUAUCCAUCCUCUCCGCCAUGAAGGGCGAUAAACUGAAGGAUUCGCCGCAAUGGCGCACGUGGUUUGCCCGCGUAAAACUGUAUGCGAAACAGAAGCGAGUCUGGGACUUAUGUGACCCAGAUAUCGAGAAAGAAGACCGUCCGAGAGGUUUGAGAGAACCGUACGAGCCGGAGUACCCUAAAGAUGGGGAUACAGAGGAAAGAAAGGAGUGGCGAGACCGUAUGGACGUCUAUAAAGUCGCAUAUGCAAAGUGGGAGAAACAGAUCAAGGGACUGGAUGACGUGAAUGAAUAUAUUAUCUCCUUCCUUGAUCCUAUCCACCAUCUUACAUUGAUCGAUUAUGAGACGCCGUACGACCGCCUGGUGUACCUAAAGUCUCGCUUUGCCCGCUCUAGCGCGUAUGAGGAGGAAAUUCGCAUGAAAUAG